GCAUCUUUAGAGCACUGUUACACCCAUGAUUGGAUAUCUGAUCUGAUCCGAUCUGAUCUGAGCCAUUGAGAACUUCUAUUUGGUUUGAGGCGUCUGAGAACUACGGCGUACGGAAAGCCGGAGCUGUUUAUUCCUCAAAAGUCUUUUAAAACAUUGAGUUUUUUGAGUUUAAUGAGCUGAGAGUCUGAGAGUCAUCUUCAACAGAGAGCUGCGAUGGAGACGGAAUCAAACUCACAGGAUUCGUCUCCACUGAUGACUGAAGGCAUGUGGUGGGGAACGCUGGGAUCCGUUCGGCCCUUCCCAAAUUUCCGUGCCGAGAGAGAUGUUACAGUCCUUCAGGCUGCUCUGGAGAAGAAAGAUGUGAGCACUGUUGUCAGAAUACUAACCAAUCGCAGUAACGCUCAGAGACAAUCUCUGGCCCGCGUCUACAAGAACGUCUCACAAAAGGAACUGGAUGCAAGUCUGAAGAAGGUUCUUUCCGGUGAUCUUCAGUCUCUGAUGCUCGGUCUGAUGAUGACACCGGAGCAGUUUGAGGCCCAUCGCCUGCGCAAAGCCAUGGAGGGCGCUGGUACAGAUGAAGAAACUCUGUUAGAGGUUUUGUGCACCAGGACGCCGCAGCAGCUCUCUGGCAUCACGACUACAUACAGUCAAGAGUAUAAGCGGGAUUUGGAGAAAGACUUGAUCAGUGAAUCCAGUGGAGAUUUUUCCAAGCUCAUUGUGGCGUUGUUAAAGAAAGAGAAUGGGUCAGGAAUUAUUGACCAGGAUAUAGCAACUUUAUCUGAGGAGCUGAAAAACAAGAAACCUGCAGCUGAUGUUUGGAUCAGAAUCCUGACCACGAGACGCCCGGAUCAUCUGCGAAUCGUGCUGGACGAGCUGGAGUUUGAGAGCGGCCAGACGGUGGAGGACGCUUUAGAGGGACAUUUUAAAGGAGUUCUGUCUGGAGACCUGAGAAAAGGCCUGAAGACACUCGUACGAUGUAUAAAGAACCAGCAUCUAUUCUUGGCACAACGGAUCCAAACUAUGAAAGCCGCAGUGGUUCAGGGAGUGAUUGUGUCUCACAGUGAGGAGGAUCUGCUGAGAGUUCGAGUCGCCUACCUUCAGUUGACGGGGACUUCACUGUACACGGCCUUACAGAAGCAGUUCAAAGGUGACCUUCAGCAGGGUUUGUUGGCUGUAUGUCGCGCUGAAGAUUAGAAGUGCUGAAUGUGAUAUGAUGAUAAAGAUCUCUGUGCACACAGUGAACGCACAUUCCUACACAUGAACUGCUGUUACACAAAAGCUUUGCUUCUGAAAAUAAAUAAAUAAAUAAAUAUAA